GUACACCACACUCCACCACACUUCCACUGGGCUGGGCCAGAGAGGCAGCAACCACCCAUUUGGACCGAUGUUCUGGCCGAAAUGCAGUCUCGACACAUCUACAUUCGGAAUAAGAUCGGCGAGGGCAUCCAAGCGACCAGCUUUCAGGUGAACCGAGGGACCUACUCCAGGCGAAGCCGAUUGAAGAGGUCUGAUGGCAGCACCACCUCCACAAGCUUCAUCCUCAGACAGGGCUCAGCUGAUUCCUACACAAGCAGACCAUCGGACUCAGAUGUCUCUCUGGAGGAGGAGCGGGAGGUGCCGGGGCAGGUCCAGGGCCAGAGCCCGAGCCAAGGGGGCCCGGGGACCCAGGCCCCGGCCCAGACCCGAGAGCAGAAGGAGCAGCAGGCCACCGUGCAGCUGGAGAGAGCCAAGGCUAAAGCCGUGGCCUUUGCUGUGAAGACCAACGUCAGCUACUGUGGAGCAUUGGACGAGGACGUGCCGGUGCCAGCAACCGCCAUCUCAUUCGAUGCUAAGGACUUCCUUCACAUAAAGGAGAAGUUCAACAACGACUGGUGGAUCGGCCGGCUGGUCAAGGAGGGCUGUGAGAUCGGCUUCAUCCCCAGUCCCCUAAAGCUAGAGAACAUCCGCAUCCAGCAGGAACAGAAGAGAGGGCGAGUCCAAGGUAAGUCUGGAGGCAAUUCUUCCUCAAGUGUAGAGGAUGAGGUGUCCGCCUCGAUCAGACCCCUUAUCUCCUCUGCAGGAAAGCAGAAACAAAAAGUGACUGAACACGUCCCCCCUUACGACGUGGUGCCAUCCAUGAGGCCUGUGGUGCUGGUGGGGCCCUCCCUCAAGGGCUAUGAGGUGACGGAUAUGAUGCAGAAAGCACUCUUUGACUUCCUCAAGCAUAGAUUUGACGGCAGGAUAUCUAUCACACGAGUCACAGCAGAUAUAUCAUUAGCCAAGAGGUCUGUUCUGAAUAACCCCAGCAAGCGGGCCAUCAUCGAGAGAUCAAACACCAGGUCCAGUUUAGCGGAGGUGCAGAGUGAGAUAGAGAGGAUCUUUGAGCUGGCCCGGUCCCUACAGCUGGUGAUCCUGGACGCAGACACCAUCAAUCACCCAGCCCAGCUGCUCAAGACCUCGUUGGCUCCCAUCAUCGUCCAUGUCAAGGUCUCCUCGCCCAAGGUUCUGCAGAGGCUGGUCAAGUCCAGAGGGAAGUCCCAGAGCAAGCAUCUGAACGUACAGCUGGUGGCAGCUGACAAACUGGCCCAGUGUCCUCCGGAGAUGUUUGACAUCAUCCUGGAUGAGAACCAGUUGGAGGAUGCGUGUGAACACUUGGCUGAGUAUCUGGAGGCCUACUGGAAGGCCACACACACCUCCAUGGCCACGCCGCUCAACCCCCUGCUGGGACGCAACCUGGGCCCCACCGCCCUCACUCCUUACCCCACCACCAUCUCUGGACUGCAGGUGAACCAGCAGACUCAAAGAAUAAGACAACACAGCAACCACACGGGAGACCACUCCACGCCCAACGAGCGUCGCAACCUAAUGACCGCCGACGAGAACUACCACAACGAGCGGGCGCACAAGGGACGCAACCGCAUGUCGUCGGGCUCACAGCACAGCCGAGACCAAGACCCGUACCACCAGGACUACCAGGACCCCUACCAAGACUCCUACAAGCCCCACCGCAACCGCUCCUCUCCAGGCAGCUACAGCCACGACUCCCGGCACAGGCUUUGAGCCCGAAUGACGUCCCAGCUUCACAACCCUUAUAGGCCUCAAGUCAACUCUCUGGUGGCAACAGAGUCAAAAUGGUUCCCGUUCAAAAUAUUGUGUGCAAUUCUGUUGUUUUCGAUUAUUUGUUUUACUUCAUUCGUUAGAUGAGGAGUGGUCCCGCCCUCCUGAACAAAACCUCCAAUCACCUCUCAUUCCCAUUCUGUCUCUCAGUCUUGCCUUGGCACUGGCAGGGACCCCUGUUAAGCAAUGUAGUCAGGAUGAGGAAGAAGGACAUGAUGCUAAUGCUACAUAACUGAGUUAAUACAACACAUAUGACUGAGUUGCUUUUCCUCACAACGGGACUUUCCUACUUCCUGUGUUCCCCACACAAAGAGAUGGGUGGAAUAGGAAAGCAGUAUGAGAUUAAGAUUUGGACUUUGCUAAGCUAACAACAAGCUAAGCUAUUUUAGCUAGCGUGGUUAGAUUGUGGGUAUAUAUGUACCCACAACCCCCCUCCCAUGAGUCGCCAUAGCAAGUGGUGGAGUCACUGCUGAAAGCUGGUGGUCUUACCAAGAGUCCCCAGACCGUUCAGUUGUUUGCAUGCUGACUGAGAGAGUUUCGCUAGUAUCGUCAAUAUAUUCACUUACAGUACAUGUCUGUUGUCAUGGGGAGUUGUAUACGUAGACCUGCCCUACCAUGACUGGCAGUGGUAUUUUUCCAGACCUUUACUGAUUCCUGAGAGGAGCAUGUGGAGUAUUUGGUUGUUUUGUUAACAAGUGCUUUCACAUGUCAGAUACUGUAUGUGCCAUUUGAACACCUGUCUAGCUUGGCCUUUCUUCGGCAACAGUCGAUACUUUGCAUAUCUCAGUAUUUUUCGCUACUCUGAUUCGGUUGUGUCAGAGACUCAGAGGUAUUAUAACAAGAAGCAGGGGUGUCAAACAAUCAGAGUUCGCCUCAUCUCUGGCCAGCCUCGUGAUUGGUUGACCGUCCAUGCUGCUUCCUGUGUUUCUCUCUGGCCAGCCUCGUGAUUGGUUGACUGUCCAUGCUACUUCCUGUGUUUCUCUCUGGCCCGCCUCAUGAUUGGAUGACCGUCCAUGCUGCGCCACUAACGUUGGAUUGUGUCUUCCCAGGGUCCUUUGCAUCAUGAUCAUUGAUUCUCUGUGUAGCUGGCAUGUUUUCCCUGACUUGAAAAAGUAAUGCUCCCUUUGGUAGUAAUAUCCCUGUGUAAAAUAGAGGGUGUGUAAGGAGGGAGAGCACACAUUGGUGCAAAAUAGGUGCAGUCUAAUUACUUGAGAGUGGGUUAUCUGAACUUUUUGGGGGUAUUUAAAUACAUGAACAUGGAAAUGGAAGAAAUUAAUUUGGUCAUUUAUUUCUAGCAACAAUUUUUCUUCAGUAAUUGUGGGUUUUUGGAGUUUUUGUUGAGAUGAGAAGCAUGCAGUUGUACCCAAGGGGGUUCGGUGACUAGUUGCAUUGGCUCGCCGAUCCAAUGCCUAGGCUUUAGUUUAGUGGGCAAAUAGACACUUCUGGCGUGCAGGAGGCCCGUGUUCAGUCACAGAGACAAAACCACCCUCCAGGACCAGGGUUUUCCCUGCGGUGGAUAGGUCAUCUAAACUGGAGCUUUGACCAUGAUGGAGAUGGUGGUCCCUCCCUGUGCAUCCUGGGAGAGUGAGUUCUUGGGGCAGCGUGUUCUGAGACAUUGUUAGAGAAAUGUGCAGAGUUAACUUGUCAUAGCUGUCUUUUAGUGUAAUUCCCUCCAAUAGAGUCGAAGUACUGUAGUGACAUUUGUAGCACCCGCAGCAGGUGGUGCCUUAACAUUCUAGAGCCAGUUGAUUUCCUUGCUCAUAUCUAUGUCUCUUAUGCUAGUUUGUUCACUGACUGAAAACAAUAGACUGCAAAAGGAAAAAGGAAAAAAAGAAUACAAGUACAUCUGCUGUUGUUUAUGAGCAUGCUUCUCUGUCAUAUUGUGAUUCAGGCCAAAGUGAAUGUUGGCUGAUUGAAUGGGGAGUUACUCACUGUUCAUUAAAAACCAGAACCAAGAACCAGAACUAAGAUUCAGCUCUGUUGCUUGAGACAAUCAGAGGGAUUUUGUAUCCCAUUGACCUCUGUCCCACCAGAGUCCCAGACCAGUCUGUGAGGGUUUGGUAACUUAAGGUUGGGUUACUGCUACUGGGUGUAGCAUGUCUUAGCCCUUUUUGAAACAUUGGGGGAUUUCCUUUUCUAUUAACAAUUAAUUAACUGAAUUCCAAUAGAUUUUCUGAAUUGACUGGAAAUGAAAAUUUACCUCUCUCUUUUUCCUAUGAAUGCCCUGGAAAGAAAACAUUUGUUCUUUGAAUGGUGUAGAUAUAAUUUCUAAAGGUCUCUGUUACUGAUCUGAAAAAAAAGCACGUGUCCUGUACUCUUCUUUUGUCUUCUUGUAAGAAAUUAAGAGGCUACAUUUUUGCCUCUAAAUUAAGUUGAAUUACAAUUCUCAUUAUUUGAUUAAAUAACAUGGGUUUAAACUCAACCAGACCAUUUAAAACAGUUAAAUGUUUUUUUCUUUGGUAAAAAUGUACAAAAAAUAAGAAAAAAUCAAAAAUGUAUCUCAAUAUAGGAAAAAGUAAAAGAUACAUCUUUGCUGGUGAUUAUUUUUAUAAUAAAUACAUACAUGUACAUAAUGUCUUUGAGAGAUGCUAUUUGCUGUAUACUUGCAUUCUCAUUAAAAAACUACGAUCCUCGACGGGACAACUUGAAACAACAAACGUUUCAGUAUACAAAAAUGUCAGUAUACUAAAGUUUCAGUAAUGUGCAAUACAAAAAGCAUGCUGUUUUAAAAUGAGGAAAUUCCAUGUACUAUGCAACCGCAACCAUGUACAUCGCUUCAUGCUGUGACUAAUUCUCCAACUGUCCUUUUCCAAGCAGCUUCAUCAGAACUCUUUAAGGACAUUUUGUGUUGAUACUUUUUGUGGAAGACGAACAACUCAACGGCUAAUGCGGUAUUGCAUGCAUAAUGUACCAUUUUAAUUUAUUAAAACGAAUGAAAAUAAAAUAAUGUGAAACGCGAGAUGAUUGUGUCAAAGGCGAAGCUAGAAGUAACUUUAAAAGUUUUCUUUUACAAAAUAAAAGAGUCGUU